AGACGUUUCGGGCCCGAGCUUCCGGGGCGAGCCUGCGGAUCCUCGAGGGCGUGCGCAUGUCAUUCUGCGACGGCAAGAAGGGCCUCGCCCGUCCACUGCUGCGGAAGGCGUGGUCGGGCGAUGGAGGGCACGCCCUGCCAGGCGGCGAGACGGCGGCGGGCACGGCCAGGCACCGCACCGCCUCGGGCCCCGAGCAGAGAGGGGCGAGUUUCGGGUCCGCACUGGCCAACCUGGUCAUGUCGGUGCUGGGCGCCGGGCAGCUCACGCUGCCGUUCGUGCUCAGCCAGAUGGGGAUCGGCCUCGGCUGCCUGGCGCUGCUGUGCUGCGGCGCCCUGUCGGCGUACUCGUGCGGGGCGCUCGUGAGGUGCUCGCGCGCCCUGGGCGCGAAGACCUACUCCGACCUCCUCCUGUCCGCGUUCGGCAGGCCCGCCAGGGCGCUGGCCGACGUUCUGAUCGCGAUCUACGCCUGGGGCGGCGGCGUGUCCUUCCUGCUGAUCGUGAAGGGCCAGCUGGCGCACGCCACGAGGCCAGGCGGAGCGAGCUCUGCCGCGAUGGCGUCGCUGGCGCUGGGCGUGGUGCUGCCCCUGUCGCUGAUGCGCAACCUGGACCGCCUGAAGUUCUCGUCGGGCUUUGGGUGCGUGGCGGCCGUCGCCAUCACAUCGGUGGUCAUCGCCACCGCGCCCUGGGACGCCUCCGGGAGGCUGGUCGAGUGCGCCGGCUCCGAGGCCGCCUCCGCUAUUCGAGGCAGAAAGACACCACCAGCAGUGUUUGGAGGGCCGCGCGGAUUUAUCGGAUCGGCUGUUGACCCCCCCCUCCCGGCGGCGCCUCUGGCGCCGCCCCUGGCACGACGCUUC